CAGGUGCAGAUGAAAUUGCGUGCUACGAAAGAGCUCGGGCUAUACCGGCGCUCGCGUCUCAUUGACAUCAUUCGCAUCAUCCCGCUGUUGCGCGUCGCGGGAUGGAUGGAGAACACAGUCUCAUCGCGAGUGCACGGAGAUUCAGCAGAAUAAAACAGACCAGCGCGGCACUUCAAACCGUUCCAUCUGCACACGAACAGACGUUACUAUUUCGAAGACUUGCACUUUAUAUCACCACGAUGUUCGGUUCUUGAACAGCAUUUGGUUAUGCGUUCAUUUUGUCUGGUGUCUGACACUUUCUUUACAACUUUGUGAGAGAGCAAGUUUGAUGUGAAGACUUGGAUGUCACACUUUUGCGCAUCUUUUUACCAUAUCAACAUGUGGCAUGGGUUUUUUGGGUUGGAUCCCAUACGAAGGUCCUGGAAGAAGACCUGGAGAGGAGAUAAUGAUUCACACUAACUGCAUGAAGAAUUUCCUUGUGUUAAAAUGAAUGAUAAACCCAAUAAAUGGAUUUUCAUCCCAAUUUUAGCCAUUCUUUUUGUCAUGAUUGGGUACCAGUAUAUUUGUCCGGCAGGCGGUCAGGCUUGCCAUUUCAGGACAGGAGACAAAUUUGUUAGGAUCGGUCCCCCGUCAACUCCAGACCCGACCACCGAUGACCUGUACCGGGAGCAGGACCCGGAGGAAGACAGCCCACCUAAAUGCGCGUCCAAAUUCAACUUCACAGAGCGCGAUCUGACACGCGAUGUCGAUUUCAACAUCAAGGGAGAUGAUGUGAUUGUGUUUCUGCACAUUCAGAAGACAGGCGGGACCACGUUUGGCAGGCACCUGGUCAGGAAUAUUCGCUUGGAGCAGCCGUGCGACUGCAAAGCGGGACAGAAGAAAUGCACAUGCCACCGGCCGGGUAAGCAGGAGUCCUGGCUCUUCUCGAGGUUCUCCACGGGCUGGAGUUGCGGUUUGCACGCAGACUGGACGGAACUGACCAACUGCGUGCCUGUGAUUAUGGACAAAAGGCAGUCUCCAAAGCGCAAGAGAAACUUUUACUACAUCACCAUGCUGCGAGACCCUGUGUCACGUUACCUGAGCGAAUGGAAGCACGUGCAGCGCGGUGCCACCUGGAAGACUUCCCUUCACAUGUGUGACGGCCGGUCACCCACCCAGGAUGAGCUGCCCACCUGCUAUAACGGAGAUGACUGGUCGGGGGUCACGCUGCACGAGUUCAUGGACUGCUCUUCAAACCUGGCCAACAACCGGCAGGUGCGCAUGCUGGCCGAUCUCAGCCUGGUAGGCUGCUACAACCUCUCCACCAUGAACGAGAGCGAGCGCAACCCCAUUCUUUUGGCCAGUGCUAAGAAUAACCUCAAGAACAUGGCCUUCUACGGCCUGACGGAGUUCCAGCGCAAGACGCAGUACCUGUUCGAACGCACUUUCCGUCUGCGCUUCAUUUCCGCCUUCACGCAGAUCAACAGCACGCGAGCCGCCAACGUGGAGCUGCGUGAUGACAUGCGCAGACGCAUCGAGCAACUGAAUUUCCUGGAUAUGCAGUUGUACGAGUUCGCCAAGGAACUUUUCCUGCAGAGAUACCAGUUCAUUCGCCAGCGGGAGCGGCAGGAGGAGAGGUUGAAGAGGAGAGAAGAGAGACGCUGGCUCAGAGAGCGCAGAGUCAACCAGAGCAAACAGCCUAGUGUGGAAAACCAACCUCAGGUCACCACAACUGAGGACUAUGCCAGCCAAGUAGUCCGUUGGUGAUACCUCUUGGAAACAUGCACUAGGACACAGAAAACAUAAUGGCUCACUUGAGGAAGAGUGGGUCACAUUUUGGACUCUGACUUUCAGUUUAGCACUCUGAGUUUCUUUUGCCAUGGGACCUGUUGCACUGCAAAAAAUCAUUGCCUUGAGCUGUAUUUUUGACUUAUUUUCCAGGAAAAAUAUAUAAAAUAAAUGGCCUGAGGAGCAAAAGUGAAAUUUAUUUAGAAUUAUUUUCAAAAAAUAUCAUUUGAAUUACAUUCAUUUUUCUUACCCUACUUUAAUAAUUAUAAAUUGUAUAUAUUAAUAAUUAUAUAUAUUAAUAAGCAUAAAAUGUAAGAAAAAUAAAUAGUGAUUUUACUGCUUAAAUCAACACAUGCACCAAAUAAUGUGGGUGAUUUUUUUUCUUGCCUUAUUUUUGAGGAAAUAAAUAAAAUAAAUUAAAUUACCUGAGAAGCAAAAAUGUAAUUUAUCUAGACUUAUUUUCAAAAAAUAUAUUUUAAAUUACAUUUAUUUUUUUUACCUUAAUAGUUAUAAGCAUUAAAAUUGAAGAAAAAUAAAUAGUGGUUUUACUGCUUAAAUCAACACCCACACAAAUUAUGUGGGCUAAUUUUUCCAAGAAAAAAAAAUAUAUUUUUUUUCCCCUGGAGAAAAUAAGUUGCCUUAUUUUCCAGGAAAUAAAUCAAAUAAAUUAAAUUAUCCAAGAAGCAAAAACUACAUUAAUUUAGACUUAUUUUCAAAAAAUAUAUUUUGAAUUACAUUUGUUUUUCUUACCCUACUUUAAUAGAAGAAAAAAAUAGUGGUUUUACUGCUUUAAUCAGCACACACACAAAAAUUAAACUUGAGAAAUAAACUUAAAGGUGAGAAAAAUAAACUUGCAUUUGAAGAUACAAUACUGUUUGAAAGUUUUGGGUCUGUACUUUUUUUAAAAAAUGUUUUUCAAAGGCUGUGCUCAAUCAAUUCAGUAAAAACUACAGUAAAAGCAAUAAUGCUGUAAAAUAUUAUUGCACUUUAAAAUAACUGAUUUCUAUUUAAAAAUAUUCCUGUAACGGCAAUGCUAAAUUUCAACAGCCAUUACUCUAGUCUUGAUCCUUCAAAAUAAUAUGCUGAUUUGGUGCUUAAGAAACAUUUUCCAUUAUUAUUAUUAUUAUUAUUAUUAAUGUGGAAAACAGUUGUUCUGCUUAAUAUUUUUGUGUAAGUAAUAAUUAUUUUUCAGAAUUAUUUUAUUUCUGUGAAGUUCAAAAGAACAGCAUUUAUUUGAAAUCGACAAUGUCUUUCUUGUCACUUUUAAUUCAUAUUGGGUUCUUUGAAUAAAAGUAUUCAUUUCUUACUUACUGACCUGAAACUUUUAAACAGUGGUGAAUUUUCUCUGAGACGUGUUAAAGGGAUAGUUCACCAAAAAUGAAAAAUCUGUCAUUAAUUGAUGAACCACUGAUGUCACAUGGACUAUUUUAAUGAUGUCCUUACUACCUUUCUGGGCCUUGAACAUGGUUAUUGUUUUAAAGGUUUUAAUAUUUUUGCUGUAAAACAUAGCAAAAUACUGAUCAAGGAAAUGUUUUUUUGCAGUGUAUUUUUUUUUUCAAGAUUUCUGCCGAUUCCUUUGCGAUGAAAUCAAGGCUGCGAUGUAGAUAUAGACUGCAGUUGCUGAAAAAGGAGGAUCUGUGUUCAUUCGCCAAGCAACCUCUAACAUCCUUGUGAAGGAACAACAAACCCUACACCACAGAGUUAUAUAAAGGUACAACACUGGCAAUGUGAGGGGUGUACACUCAAGACGUGUUCUUGCAUUCAGAAACAGCCAGGCGGUGAAUGGAGUAAAACGCUGACAAGUUUUUAAUGCUCAGGCCUGUUGCCAGUACAGAUUCUCAGUAGACACUCUCUCAGAGCUCUCACUCUCUCACUUUUUAAAAAACGUAACGCAUUGAGGCAGUCUGUACUGUGAAUCUCUAGUCUCUGGUAGUUUUCUCAGUGAUAAGUUGUACAGUUCAGGGUUAGCAGAUGCCGCCACAACAAAAGCCUCAUCUGUGACACACAGUAGUAGAGGAGAAAUGCUACAGCUGAUUCUGUAAACACUAUAAGAUAUUUAAAAUGUUUUUUCUUCUUUGUUUUCAUUUUUGUCAAGUAUGAUUUAUUUGAGGAAAAAAUGAUAAAAUCAAGUGUUCUUCAUAUUUUACAAAUGCAAAUAAAAGUAUAAACAAAAAGCAGACAUCCUUCCAGUCCUCUAAGACAUAACUUCUUAGUAAUAAGUUAAAACACAAUGCUUAUGACUUGAAAGAUGAUGUAUAUAAGGAAUGCAAAAAAGUUAAAAAUAGCACAGUUGGAAUGUGAAAACACUUCAUGUUUGUACGCCCCCUGAAGGUGAAAGAAAAUUCACAUCACACAAAAAAAAAACAAAAAAAAAAACUGCACAGUUCAUUGUUAAAUUGCUCGACUCAUUAGUUCACAUUUGACCUGAAAUGGAGCAGUAUAAAGACUUAUUUGUACACAGGAUGAAUCCAAUAUGAACUCUGUUAUGCAGCAAGAAAACUUUAUUUAAGGAAGACUGAAUGAAUGGGUGAGUAUUUUGUUUUUUCCCCAGUGGUGUUUCACACAUUUCUGUAGUCCUCACUAAAACAUUUACUGAGACUUUUUCUAAAGCCAGAACUUCUAAGUAACAGGGAAUGAAAGGUUUGUGGUCUUUACAUCUCAAACCGUUGGCGUUUUAAAAGAAAACCUUUUUUUUUGGUCUGGCUUUGUGUGACCUUUUUAAAAACUAGAUCCACAGAUGGUAUGUGCAAAUGAAUAAAAGAUAUAAACACUUCUGAUACAGAUCACAUGCGGAGAAUAAUGGGUGAUUUUUCUGUCCCUUAAAGCAAAUAAACUAUUGCUCAUUGUGGUUAUGGAGAAUGUGGGAAUGUUACAUUUAAAGAUCAAAGUUUUGGAAUGCAGUACCAGAAAUGUAUCAUUUCAGACCAAAAAAGAUUACAGAAGUUUACUGUUUUGUUUUCUUUGUAUGUUGUUCCAUGUUUUAACUUGAAUCUGUGCUGCUAUUUGUGUUUGUUUGGUUUUUUUGUUUUUAUUUUAACUUGAGCCUUUGUUGUGUGAGUCCAGAAGACCUGAGGUAAUGUUUCAAUGCAAGUUCGUGUUUAUCUGUGUGUGUGUGUGUGUGUUCUGAAAUGAAUAACAAGUGUUGCAAUGUAUUUUAAUUGCUUUGUUCACUUAAGUGCAAUAUGAUAUUAAAAACAACCCCUUAUGGGAAAUACAGAUGUUAUUAAGUAUGUACAUUUUGCAGUUUUGUCUUGUUUGGUCAAUAUUGCUUUUAAUUUAGCCUUAAUAUUAUUAAUUUAUUUAUAUUCACAUAAACUACCAUAAUAAAUACCACACGGACACAUUGAGAAAAGUUGUUAGCUUAUUAGAUAAUUUUUCUUUCUUUCUUUCUUUCUUUCUAAAAUGAUGCUCAAAUGUAUCAUAUUUCUUUAAAACAAUAUUGACCCCAGGCUGAAGCGUUAAGCUUUUGUUAUAUUUCACAUAUGUUUAUAGUAGGUUUUAGUUUUGCUCAGAGGCCUGGCAUCAUGUUUUGUUUGAUAUUUUGUCUCUAAUGUAAUUGUAUUUUUACAGAAAGUGUGUCCAAAUACGUUUUGUGUCCACUGUGGGAAAAAUGGUGCCAUAGUCUCUCUUUUUGUGAUUCAACCACUAGAGGGCAGAGAAACUCCACCAAUGUUUUAAUGUUACCCAUUCUACAGGCUUAAGUGUGUGAACCCUUUACAAAUGUCUGAAUUGAUUAUUUAUAAAAUGUGUUCUGAUCUUAAUUCAACUCUGACUAAACUAAAAACACAAACAACUGCACUUUUCCCAUUUUUUUUGGACUAAUUU